AAAUACCAGUAACAGGGAGCCAGCACACACACACACACACACACACACACACAGAUAGAGGAGGCCACAGCACAAAAGAACACACACGCUAGCAGGAAACACGCUCACACAAACACAGCAGACUAGGAGACACUAAAAGAGAGAGAGAGAGAGAGAGAGAGAGAGAGAGAGAGAGAGAGAGAGAGAGAGCAUAACGGAAUACAAGAACCACCAACAGAAAAGCACCAAGAUUUAUACACCCAUUAACACCAACAAGAACAACACCAAAACAACACCACCAACACCCAAAACAACAAGAACAACACCAACACUAAACACAACAAAAACAACACCAAAGACAAUAAGAGCAACACCCAAAACAACACCAACACCAAUAAAAACAUCAAAACACCAUCAACACCAACACCCAAAUUAACAACAAAAACAACAUCAACAACACCUUUCUACCUCCCCCUACCCAAUCCAGCCACACCAAAAUGUCCGAGUCACCACCACAGGGCGCCUCAUCACCACUGUGGCCCUCAGUGGUGACUGCUGCCAUCACCUGCUCCUCCUUCUUGGUGGGGAUGGUUGCAGGUCACAAGCUGGGCGGGCCUCUUAGAAGACUGGUGACCUUAGCUAAAGUAGGCCCCAGUAAAAUGGUCCUAGUGGUGCAAGGUGACCUCAAAAUGGGCAGGGGUAAGCUAGCGGCCCAGUGCAGCCACGGGGCCCUGGCAGCCUACAAACAGGCCCAGCAGCGCACACCCAGCCUGCUUCAAGCCUGGGAGGACACUGGCCAGGCAAAGGUGGUGGUGAAAGUGGACACUGAGAAGGAUAUGCUGAAAGUGGUGGAGGAUGCCAAGAGUAAGGGAGUGCCAGUGGUGUCAGUGAGGGACGCAGGAAGGACUCAGGUGCCCAGCGGUUCCCUGACGGUGGUGGCAGUGGGUCCUGGCAGCCUCAGUGACGUGGAUAGUGUCACGGGUCAUCUUAGGUUGUUGUGAGUGGUGGUGGUGGUGGUUGUCUUGAGGGUUACUACUUUUAUAAUUUUUCUUUUUAAUCAGCGUUUUGUUUUUUUCUUGAUAUUUUUGGGAGGGGUUAUUCAGGGACUUUUCUUGUUAUUUAAGGCUGAUAUAGGGUGAAAGAUUUGGCUGAUUAUUCUUAUGGUUUGUUUUGUUAUUGUUUUUCUUUAAUUUUAUGUGAUUAUCCAAAAAAUGUAGCAAGGAGUGUCUUGUGUAUAUAUAUUAAAUGACUCAAACAGUG